CUUCACGCGCCGCUGCGUACGCCAAGAAAAAAUGAGAGCAGGUGCUCGCGAUUGAAAAUCGUAAAUAAGCAAAGUGUGGCUGAAAUCAGUGUAAAUUCUUCAACAACAAACAAGAGAAUGUGAAGUGAUCGAAUUGAAAACAAGAUAAAUUGCACCGCAGCGGAAUAUCGUAAACCAUCAACUUUUAAAUUUUCAAAGGGAUGCACGAGGAGGACUCGUCAGUAGACUGAGCCAGAAAGGGGCGAUCACAAUGCCUGUAACUGAUUGACUUAAUGUGACAGAUGCCUGUGCACAAACGCAUAUUAAUUAUGAUAAAUGCGAUGCCCACAUUGCGUUAACUAAACAACAAAGAUCCACGUCUACAUAAGCAAACGCUGAUACAGCCACACGCACAAAGGCCAGUUCAAAUAAUAAUAACAAAGGAUACCGCACCGCACCGCAAACCGAAGCCAAAGACGAUGCCAAAAUAUCACAAGCUUGACAGCGCCCUGCCGCCCACCGCCUCCGAAUACGAAUUCGACUGCGAGGAGAGCUUCUCGCUAUUCUCUGGAGAUAAUCAGCCGUAUCCGGGCCUCCAGCAGGAACCAGCCAAUCGAGCCGGUCGCCUGCCAAGCGGCCAGGGCAAGGACCUCAGCCUCAACAACAACGGCGUUGAGAGCUGCGUGGUGACGGCGAGGACGAAGAGCGGCCGGAUUUCAGAGGAACAGACGUGGGAGGUGCCGCUGUUGUGCGACAGCGAUGACAACGCCAGCAACCAGCAAUUGCAGCACUCAGGGCACGGGCGAAUUGAAUUCGAUGUGGAGCUAGAGUGUCGCAGCGGUCAGCCGGGAUUCGGGGCCAAUCUGAAGAGCAAAUCCGCAGAGGAGGCCAAAUUUAAAAUUCUGCUCGCGGUUUCCCUGUGUUGCAUAUUUAUGAUCAUUGAAUUCCUUGGCGGCUACGUGGCCGGAAGCCUGGCCAUUAUGACGGAUGCAGCCCAUUUGGCAUCUGAUUGCAUUAGUUUCGUCAUCGGUCUGGUUGCCAUUUGGGUGGGCGGUCGGCCGCCGGAUGAACGCAUGUCCUUUGGCUACAAACGCUUCGAGGUCAUCGGCGCUUUGGCCUCUAUACUGGGAAUAUGGCUCUUGACCACCUUGCUCGUGGUGGUGGCCAUUCAAAGGAUCUACUCUCAGGAUUUUGAACUGGACGUCGAUAUAAUGAUGGUAAUAUCAGGCAUUGGCAUUGGCAUAAACAUUGUAAUGAUGUUCGUUUUGCACGGCUCCUGGUUCGUGGGCAUCAGUGGGCACGGCCACAGUCACGGCCACAGUCACGGCCACAGUCACGGUCACGGCCACAGUCACGGUACACGGCCACCCAGUCACGACUCCUAUUCACUUACUGACCCCAGCGGAGAGAGCUUUCUGAUGACGACGCCUGCAGCAGAAUCGGAGACGACUGAUAAAGUUCCAAACGGUCAUAAUAUUGUUAUUACAAAUUCGUCAAUGGAGCAGCCAGGGGCGACGAACUCGGAGCUCUCUCACGAGGAGAAAAAUUUGAACCUGCGAGCAGCCAUGAUUCAUGUGAUUGGAGAUCUGGUGCAGAGCAUUGGCGUUUUUCUGGCUGCCGUCCUUAUCAAAUUUUGCCCAAGUGCUAAAUAUGCGGAUCCCCUGUGCACGCUACUUUUCUCUAUUAUUGUAAUCAUGACGACGGUGCAGCUUUUUCGAGAGUCUUUGGCUAUCCUCCUGAAUGCAGUGCCGCUGAACUUCAACAUGCGCAACCUGCAUCACGAGUUGGCCAGCCUCGAGGGAGUCAGAUCUGUACACCACCUAAACGUGUGGCAGCAGACCAGCCAGCAAAGGGUAAUGAUGGCGCACCUCGUGAUAGACUCUCGAUCUGACGGAAGUGCGGUACUGCAGGCGGCCACAAAGCUUAUAUCAGGAUCGAGAUACAACGUGAAACACUCUACCAUUCAGAUAGAACAAACCGCUGCGUAGCUCUUAUAAAAAAUAACUUACACCAAAAGUAAUCUUAAGCCUCUAAGCUCUAACCUACCAAAGGCAUCGAAGGCUUUUUGUGAUUUUAGCCACUCAUGUAUUUAUUACUUUAUGUAUGGCAUCUUAAUAGUUACUUUAUAGCAUCUUUUUUAUAAGUAUAUUUUUGGAAAUUAUAUUUAUGACUUUCAGUCAUCUUAGGCCAAAGAAAACGUAAAAUAAGUUAGAUAAAUACCAUCCAAAAAUUUGUUAUAUACAUAAUACUUACGGAAAUAUAUACAUAAAAAGAAAUCUCUUCCCACACUUUCCAUAAAAAUUUGGUUGAAAGAAAUUUCUCUGUAUGCAUAUUUUUCUGAUUUAUAUGAUUUUUUAAAUAUUAGAUGACAAUAUCCUGUAGCUGACAUGUGUCUGGUAGACUGUAACUGUAAAUUUUGAUUAGGUUGAAAAAGAUUAAAUUCGUCUUAAUCUUUUUCAACCUAAUCAAAAUAAGCCCUUAAUCGUUUUUCUGUAAUAAAAAGCUUAUACUGACUGCAA